AUGACCUCCUCGGAUAUGGAAAGAAGUAUGACCACAGUAACUUCUUCAUUUGUUUGUUCUCGUUAUUUCGCUUCUUGUCAAGGAUCUGAAGGCGUCAACUGCAGCGGGAGUGAGGAUGUCGAUUCCUCGCCUUGUGAGUCAGAGGAGUGGUACAACGUCACGUCUUGUGAGUGUCAGACUUUCCCCCGGGAGGAAUUUGGGCUACUAGACCCAGCAGGUAUCGUCUUCUUGACGAUAGCAAUCCUCAGUGCGUUGUUAGAUCUCGGAGUCUUUGUCGUCUUCGUCAGAUACCGCCAUACCCCGAUCGUCAAGGCAGCCAACAGGGAGCUGAGUUUUCUCCUCUUGUUCGUCUUGAUGAUUUCUUUUUCGUUCCCAGUCCUUCACGUCGGUCCUGUUGAGCUUUGGCGGUGUGUGUUGACGACCUUUCAAAGUCCCAUCAUCACCUGCGUUUAUGCCAUUUUCUUGGUCAAGACUCACCGCGUGCUCAGCAUCUUCGAGGCCCGGCUACCCAAGGUGGUUCAUCGGAAGUGGAUACUGGGCCGUAGCUUACAAGUCGUCAGCGUCAUCGUGUUGACGUUGGUGCAUGCCAUGAUAAGUAUUGUAUACGUCAUAAUCUUUCCCCCCGGGGUACAGUACACCCAUGACCCAGCGCUGAUGGUCACUUAUACGGAAUGUAAAAGCGACGGUCUGAUAAACAUCACCAACAGCGUUUAUCCAAUGCUUCUCACGAUACUGUCUCUGUGCUUCGCCUUCAAGGCACGACGCCUACCGGAGAAUUAUGGCGAAUCGCGGCACAUCUUAGCAACCAUGACCGUCUGUUUGUUGGUCGUCUUUACCUGCUUCGGAGUUUCGCAAUCGUUACAAAGCGUUACGAAGAUCAUUGUGACGAACAUCAGUUUAAGUUUCACUCCCUUAGCGCAGCUGGUGUUGCUGUUUUUCCCUAAGGUGUAUAUUGUGCUGGUGCGUCCAGAGCGUAACACCGUGCAGGAGUUGCGCAGAAUGACUCUAGCUCACAUGCAGAGGCAGUCUGAGUUUUCACCCACGGAAGGCGGGGGCCGAGAGGGGGAGGGUAAGGGUCAAUCUCGGAACGAGAGGCCCCUGAAGUCCCUGCGAAGCUUGGGAGGCAAGAUCCACGGCGCUCCAUUCGUGUCAGACACGUUUCAGAACGGGUCGGCAGCGCGCGCCGCGGGCAAGGCGCGCAAGAAAUCCGUUCACAUUUUGGAGGACGGAACGCGGGGUACAGAGAACGGGUUGGUGCGCCGGGAAGCAGGGGAACCACACCGUGGAUUUUCACGGAGCGGAGAGGUCACAGACGUCACGGCGGUGGCUAACGCCUCGGUAGCAGCAGAAGGGAUUGGGGACGCUAACAUACCCCACAGACAUCGGCUACGAGACGGCAUGAGGAGACAAUCCAGCGGGCUAUUUGUGAUUCAUUUCAUAGAAGAGACGAAAGAGAACGACAGUGACAACGGUCCCGCCAACUGCCCGGUGAAGUUCUCUUUGAGGGAGACGGACAGCACGGGGCCGGGGCAAGGCGAAGGGGACAUGUUUGUGGUUUCCAUGCUCGGUCAGACUCUAACCUUGACUGUGGAAGAUCAUAAACCAGGGGUACCUGAGAUUCUCGGAGGGGUGUAUGUUGGUAGCAAAACGGGACCGAGUGCAGGUGGAACAACCAAGGGCUCUAAAGAGCAGUCGAAACAAACUCCAUUACUAUCGAAGACAAUCAAGGGGAAAUCUACCGAAGAGAUAAAUGUACUUUGUCAAAGUUCAGGUAAUGACGUCCAACUCACGAAAGAGGACAGGAAAGAGAGAGACAAGCUGACAAACAGUCCGAGCCCAGAAAAUUCAGGAAAUGAAAACAAAGAACAUGUUUUAGCCAUUCACAGUACUAUGAUGUGCGCGAGCAAAACUGAAACAGAAACCGCUACUCAGGCUCUCAACAAAACGCAGGAAAACAGUGACCUGGAUUCCCAUGCUGAUGGCAUCUUUGACGAUACAAUCCAGACAAAGCUGACCCCUGUGCAGGUGCCUUCGCUUCAAAGGAACACCUCGAAUAGCAUCUUGCAGCCUGGAUACGAGGACAAAAACAGUCUUGCUGAGAACACUGAAAAAGUGACACUUGUUUUAAGUGAAGAUGUAAGUUCUCGAUCUUGCCUUGACAAAGGAAAAGAACAGGAGACAGUGUUAACAGAGGCAGAAGUACCGGGUAAAUACCACUCUCUCUCGGCAGAGGUAAAUUCCCAAAACACGGCUGGUGAGGAUGCCGUCUCGGUCUCAAGUUUGUCAUCUAACUCAACGUUCUGUGAGACUGCGGCAGACGACAAGAAGAAACUCUUGGGCGAGAACUCGCGCAAAAUGACUGAGGAAUUCACGAAGAAAGUCCCGUGGGACGAAUCGAACCAAGUAGACAUGAACGACAUCUGUAUCCAAAUGGGUUACGUCUAACACAGAAAGAAAUCCCGCCAAAAACUUGCCAUUUUGAUAAGAGUCAUGGGCUUCUAAAAUACACCCCGUCUUGUCCCUGAACAGUUUGUACAAUUCCAAUACAAGCAUUUAAAAAAUAAUGCAAAUGGUAAACGGGGAUGAUCAAAUUUGGUCAGGGUCCAAGCUAAUACUUCUUACACUCAAGCAACGGUUUGUGUUAUGUCAAAACACCGAGUCUUCCCAUGACAAAACCAAUUCUUUACACUGAAAAGAAUCUGAGAGGAAGGACAAAAUUCUGUCGGUUUACAACUCUUUGAAUCUUGCAAAUACCAGUGAAUUCGAUCGGUUAGAUAAACUACAGUACUUCC